AGUCACGCGCGGCGAGUUACCAUGGAUUCACCCGGGGACGAGGCGCCCCGCGAGCCCGCCAAGUGUCCCAGCGUGCUACCGCAGUUCUCCGAGCUGUGCACGUCCGCUGCCGCGUUCGCCGCCAUCGACAUGGAGACCUUCACUCGCAUACACUUUCCGUCUCGCCCGACGUUGCUGCCGGCAACCGAGUGCCUGAAGAUGGGCGGGUACUCUUUGCAGGAUCUGUUGCCGGCAAUUUGCAAGGAUAAGCAGGCCUUCAACCAGAUAAUCAAUGUGCCCAACUACGUUCAGAAUAACGGGACGCUCGGUGUGCAGUCGAGCGGCGUUAAUUUUAUCAACAGCCUAUGCAUACCCUCCACGUCGCAGGCGGAUACCGGGAAGCAGGAGUCAAGUGUCCAGUUACAGAAAAGGAAGAGAAAAUCACGAGUAAAAUUUAAUAUGACGAAGGAAUCUGGCAAUCUAAUGAAACGGCUAACACCAGCAACCAUGGCCGAAUAUGUCCAGAAACAAUCAUUUUCAGACUUACAGCUGCAGGAAGCAAUGCGGGAUGUACUAGGUGCGGAACCAUCAAGGAAGACGCAGGACAGACAGGAGGAGAAAGCAGAGCAAGCGCAGAAUAUUUUAAAUAUACCAAAUAUUAGGAACUUUCUACAAAAUAGCAAUAAUUUUGCAAGUGCCGAUCAGAUAACAGUGGCCAUCAAUCCAAAUGAUCUGAAUCUGCCAACUGAUCAUGAGAUUGAAAACAGUAUGCGAAACGUUCUAAAAGUCGAGCAGCAAGUACAAACCGAUUUGCCGAAAACUGGGAAAAAGUUGAAAUUUCGAGCAAAACUUGGCGAGAUCAAGAUAAGCUUUAACUACGAUGGAACUCAGGUUUUCUGUUGCCCGGAGUGCAAUUUUGGGCAUCCAGAUAGGGCACACAUUGAACAACAUAUACAGAUUCAUGUACAAGAACGAAAGUACCAAUGCAGAGAAUGUGGUGCCAUGCUGAAAAGGAAGGAGCAUCUCGAUCAGCACAUGCGAGGCCAUUCGGAUGAGCGACCUUUUAAAUGCGACGUAUGCCAUAAGGGGUUCAAGAGGAACGAGCAUUUGACGAGACAUACCGUCAUCCACUCUGGCAACAAGGACUUUAGGUGCAAGUUGUGCCAGAAAGCAUUUUCACGUAAAGAUCACUUGAACAAGCAUUUUCAAACGCAUAUGAGCACUCGCAAGAAAAUGAAGGACGAGUCUUGUUAUAUUGAUCAAAAUGCUGCAAAAAUAUUCGAAAAUAGUGAUGGCGCGAUAGUGGCGCCUAAGCAGGAGGCAAAUUAUUUUCUAAAGGACAGUUCCUUAUUGAAGCAGGAAGCUCUUCUGCAACACAUGCAAAAUCCGAAGAAUUUUUUGCACACAUUUGCCUCCUUGAAGGACCAUAUGAUGAAAGAUAUAAAUAUGUCUGAACAGGCGCAGACCAGUAAUAUGGACGAAAAUUUAAGGUAUAUAAUGCCAUCUUAGCUGUAGGUCCACAUAUGUUUCACAUAUGUUUCAAAGCAAUAUACAUAUAGUAAGUCACAAAGUGGACAUAGGUAAUUUGAAUUUUCGAAUUUGUAUUUUGUCCUUUAAACCACUACAACUCUUUCACCUUUAUAGUUUAAUUUUAAUACGAAACGUUUUAACAGCAGAUCAAAGGCAUAUAUAUGCAUGGUGAUAAAGAUAUACGUGUGUCAUACAUACACAUCUCCUCUAUUCUAAAGUCAUUGGGACCGAACACAUUUUCUCUAUUCUACAACUUCUCCUCAGUCCUCAUUUUUAUACUAAUAGCACGUAUGCAGAAUGAAGAUAUUCUUGCACUAUCUGUUUUUCCGCUUGAAUUUUUUUAUUCCUAGUCAGAAAUUACUCGCCGAUCGACGUCGAAACGACGUCGAAUCGACGUCAAUAUGGCGGUUUCGAUGUCGACGCGACAUCGUUUCGACGUCCAUCGACGAGUUAUUUCUGGCUGGGUUGUAGCGUAAUAUAUUAAUUGACCAUGUAAUACGAGUUACGAGAGAUACAAGAGGAGAAACUCGGUUUAGAGGAAGCUAGCUUAGAGGAAAACCACCGAGAGUACCUUCCCAUGAAAAUCCCCUUGUGGAAGCUGUUCGGAAUCGGCGUUAAAUUGUAGGUCCCAUAUACCUGAUGCGGAGAUAUAUGCAUAAAAAAAAAGAAACCAACCAAGUUUAGCAUAAUUGUUUUAACGUCUUGUCGUAUUAAAGGUGCGAGAGAGCAAUACAAGAGGAGAAACUCGGUUUAGAGGAAGCUAGCUUAGAGGAAAAUCUGGAAUAGAGGAGUUCUGUAUGAUAUACAGAGGAUUUAAAAGGACGUCGCAUUUAAAAGGUCGCUCAUCCGAAUGGCCUCGCAUGAGCUGAUCGAGCAUCUCGAUCAUCACAUGCGAGGCCAUUCAAAUGAAUACCCUUUUAAAUGCGACGUCCUUUUAAAUCCUCUGUAUAUCAUACAGAACUCCUCCAUGCUUCCACAAGGGGAUUUUCAUGGGAAGGUACUCUCGGUGGUUUGACUAUUACCUUUCGAGAGGUGGCGAUCGAAUAAAAACCAACAAUUCUUGGUUGGAUUUGAACUCGGAUCUUCGGCUUGUUAGAGCAGCGCACAUCUCUUUGCGCCACAAUGGCCACAAUUAUUAUGCUAAACUAUAAGCUGUGAUUACCUAAAUUUAUCAUCUUUGUCCUUCCGUCGUGUCCUAUCAUACUUUCUCGCCAUCUUCUCCUAUUUAUCGUAUUUAUUUCAUUUAUUUUUUGAACAUUGACUUUUACAAUUUCGAGAAAACUAUUGUAAAUUCGUAUUUAAAAAUAUGAGAAACAUUGGUUUGAUAAAAUUUUGUCUUUAGUUAUGAUUUCUUUCGUUCUAAACUCAUUAGUAAUCCUCACACUUACGUGAGAGUGCGUAUAUUACUGUUCUUAAAUAAAUUGCGAAGGAACGGAUAAUUGUUAAUGUAUCAACUUACUCUAAUUGCCUUAAUUCUCGGUGUUUCUUUACAUUUAUUCAAAGAUUUUUCUUGCAUCGUAUAUGAAAUAAAAAAUUUUUAAAUGUGAAUAGAGAAAGUCAACGAGAGGAAUUAAGUAAGGAAAGGCCAGUUUAUGUAAUUGCAUGCUUGUCUGCCUUAUUUAAGCUAUAGAGAAUUAGUUAUUGUAAAGAAUUCUAGUCCAUUGUCAUUAGUUUUAAUUUUAAUGAUUACUUUCAUUAAGACUUUUGGACUAUUUCGCGAUAACUAAAAUGCAUUUACAUUUAAUCUGUAUAGUUAAUUAAGAAUAGAUUUAUAUCAGAGAUAUUGCUAAAAUAAAGAGUCGUCAGAAGCGAGCUUGCCGAUAGAGUAAAACAUUUCUUUUUUUUUAAAGGUAUGCUAUUGAAUAACGUUCGUGGUUUCAAAAUAUUCGAAAGUGUCUCGCUCUUUUAUGUGUAAUAUUUUUGCCGCGUAUAUUUUUUAUUUGGUUAACUUGAAUUCGGAAAACAAAUUAAUAAGUAUCUGAAGGAAUGAUAACGGUAUAAGACUUGCAAAUUUUGACACUUGAUAUUAGCAGAAAUUUCAGAAUUGAGUUGCUAUUAAUGGUAAACGGAAAUAAUAAACGAUAUACUGCCAGAAAUUUGAUUAAAACAUUAUAGAAUACAUUAUUGUCCGUUAGAACACAUAAAUAAUUAUAUCUGGAAAAAUAUUCAUUAUGAUGGAUAUCGAGGUUUACUUUUGGCAAUAGUUUGACCAUAAAUAUCUGAGAACUCAAUAUUUUAUCCUAAUAGAUUUUUCGAAUAUUAUGAGAUUUAUGUUGACAUAAUAUAGAAAUGUGUUCUAGAUAUAAAAACGAAUGUUAUAGUUUUACAAUUCAAAACUGAUAUUUUUAUACAUGAAAAAUAUGUUAAAAUGCAUUAAGCGACGAUUUCCUCUAAUACUAUUUGCAUUUAUUUGUCAAGCAUAAGUUUUUAUCUGAAUGCAUCAUUUCUCAUCUCUUUUCUAAGUAAAUCACUUAUCAUCUUCAUUCAGUCAUCUCAUAUUUUAGACUAUUAAAUUUUAUGGUCUCAAAAAGAAGUCGUCGCUGGUUGGUACCUAAAAAUAUGAUAGCAUCUGUCUCACAAACUUUUUAUUAUAUACCAUUUUAUAAAAUAUUAAAUUUUAUUGAUCCAUUCUCUUUGUAAAUUUAUAUCGUGUUUUACUUUAAUCAAAUUUACUUGAAUGCACUGAAACACUUUUGUCUAAAAAAAAUACAAGAUAGUGAUUACCUAAGAAAUAUUAAGUCAAAUAGGAUGUGAAGAAAUGCGUUUUUUUUUUGGCAUUAUUUUUAGGAUACCCGCCUGUUCGACGCUUCAAUUUUAGUUUACACAUAUACUAGAGCGAGAGAUCGUUGAAAGACUUCCAUGCGUCGUACAUUCACUACAAUUAUGAUUGUAGUUCUGUAACGUUCUCUUUGUAUAUGUGCGACACAUGUGCGUGCGCGUUAGACGUAUGAAUUAGAAGACGGUACUAAGAACACACAUACUCUGGUAUCACGUUAUACAACCAAAGACUUCAUACAGACACGCGUAUGUCAAAUAGCAGUAUUUUAAGUCUUGCUGGAGUCUAUUUUUUAAGUUUUUUUAAGAUCUUGAUGAUUGAAUAAUGUUUAUCGAAUGGAGGUUCUUUUACAUCUUUCUUCGGUCGAGGCGGUGAUUUUUAUGAUGAUUUCUCUCAAUUUUUCUAAUUGAGAUUAGAGAUAAAUGUAAGAUAAUAGCACUCUUUAAAUGGUGAAUGUAUAUUUAUAGGACUUGUAUUUAAGCACUGUUUUGGCCAGCAAAGAUGUGCGUUUACAAGACUUUAUGCAUUUAUCCUGCAAGAGAAUUGUUAUUGUAUAGUGAUGACAAAAACAGAUAGCUAAAAAUGACAUGUAUUUUUCAGAUCGAAAUAUUUUUGAAUAAAAUGUGCAAGGU